AUCUAUGAAUCUUUCCAUCAUUUUACAGCCUAUCACCAUCCAUAAACACACACAAACACACAUUCCCUCUCCCCCUUUUGUCCCCACAAAACCUCAUCAACCCCCAAAACCAAACCCCACUCCCUCUCACACCACAAACCAAAUUCCUCAAACACUCUCAAACUAAUGAAAAAACUCAAUCCCAUUCCCUCAUAGCAAUUCAUCCCCAAAAAACAAAAAUGAAAUCCAUAACCAAAUUAGGCCUGGGAUUAUGCAUCAUCUUCGGCAGCCUCCUCCUCGCCCUCGCCGCCGAGCUCUACUACCUCCUAUGGCGAAAGAAGAACCACCAACAAACCCAAACCCAUCAAAAAAGAUCCAACUUUUCGCACAUUCUCCAAUUCUGCAGGGGGCCCACCUCCUCCUCCGCCGUCCACGAGCCGCAGUCCAAAGACCUCUGGCUGAAGAAGCCGUUUGCGGAGGAGAACAUGGGGAGCUUCCCGCGAUUUCUCUUCACGAUCGCGGAGGAGACUAAGGAGGAUUUGGAAUCGGAAGAUGGGGGCUUCAAUUUGAGCGAUUUGCUGCAGAUUUUGGAGACGCCGUUUCUGACGCCGGCGGCGUCGCCGCCGUACUUCACGCCGCCGCUGACGCCGUCGUUCGGCGGGGAGUGGGAGGGGGAUGCGGAGUUUAACCGGAGGCGGGCGAGUCCGCCGCCGGUGUUUAGGUUCCUGAGGGAGGCGGAGGAGAAGCGGCGGAGGAGGGAGGAGGGCGGCGAGGAGAGAGAAAAUGGGGAGUUUAUUGAGUUGGUUAUUGAUAAAAGAGUUGAAAAUGAAGAGUGUUUUUCUUCAUCAAAAUGUUCUAGGUGAAUUUUUUAGAUGAGUUUUUUUUUUUUUUUUUUUCUGAUUUGAUUUCUUGUUUUUGUUAUGAAUAGGAAAUGAUCGUUUUUUUCAUAAUUUUUUUAUGUGGGAGUUGAAUUUGUAUUAGUUUAAUUGUUGUAUACUUGGAAAAUUUUGUUGUGCAUGUUGAAGGGAGAGGUUUUUGUAGAUUAUGAUGUAAAUUUGUGAAGAAAUGCUCCUGAAAUUAAUUAUCUCUUGUGUUUUGUAUGAAUGAUUGCAUUCAUUUUUGCAAGGGAUCUUUUACUUAUCCUAUAUGAUUUUAUUAGUAUUUGUUUAUUUAGUGCGUAUUAACGUAAUUAUCUUGUUAUAAGGAGAACUUU